AUGUUAGAAGGGGAAACCACCGUGGAAGAUUAUUUGCGAAUUCACCGCCGCGCAAAUGGUGAUUUCCAAGAGAUAUUACGAAUCAUCGAGGAGGAAGGGCUCCAAGAAAAGCUCGAAUACUGGGUUGAGGUUACUAGGCGAUCAAUAGGGACAAUUGCUGACCAUAACAGGGCAGGCAAAGCUGCAAGUGAGCCUAUUGCAAAGGUAGGGGCGACAGUGGGUAAAAAAAGCAGUCUCAACGAUCCAAAUGAACCGAAAUACUGCCUCUGUAAUAAAGGGAGUGUUGGUAUCAUGAUCCGAUGCGAUAACGUUGACAGUUGCAAAUAUAAAUGGUUCCAUUUGGAAUGUGUCGGCCUUACUGUUGCUCCUUCAUCAAAGGAUAAAUGGUAUUGUACUGAUUGUCGUGGCGAUGUCAAUAUCGGAAAGAAAGCAAAUAUUGAUCCACAAGCGCUUCCACCCGAUUCAGGCAACCCCGAAUUUGUGAUGGACACUGAAGUAUAUACUUUUGCCCUCUACGAGAUGCCUGGUGACAUUCCCAGCAGUACAAUUUGCUAA